CCUGGCUUGGGCUCAGCUGCCAGCGCCGUGGCGUCCUGGGGGUCCCCGCCCCUCUGCCCUGGAGCCCUAGCAGAGCCAGAUGGCCUGGGGAGCAGGGUCCCCGACAUGGGUCCCUGGGUGACACCCCAUUACUGCCCUGGGAUACAGUCGCCCCCACAGCUGUCCCAAGGGAAAGCCCUUGACGCGGUGCUUUGGACGCCAUCCCAAGCUUGUUCCGGAACGCAGACACCCCCAGAGCACGGGAACCAGGCCACGCCCUGGACACCGCCGCCCGCAUCUCUGGAGCUGGCUACAGUGUACCAGGGUAUCUCUGUGUCUACGGAGUCCUGUCUGUUGCCAGAAAUCCCUCCCCUCCUGCCCUGCCCAGCAAGCCAGAGACUCCAGCCUCAGACCCAGUGGGGAUGCUGGAGCCACAGUGCAGAGGUGCUGCCCAGCUCAGAAGACCAGGGACCAGGCCCCGCCUUCCAGCUCAGUGAUGAAGUCCCUCCCCAGAGCUCAGGCCUGCAGCUUAGUGGCUGCCCUGAACUUUGGCAAGAAGAUUAGGGGGCCCACCUGGGCAUCUUCUACUAAUGGCCUUGCCUGCCCCCUUUUCAACCAGGAAUCAGGCCUGUAGUGUAUGAUGCCCUCCUCACCUGCUAUUUCGUUGGUUAUCAGGCUUUCCUUUUGCCAAGGAUGUCUUUCCCAAAUGAUGUCUUUCCUGGAAGCAAUGUUUUAAACAGAUAGAGGGGUGGCCUCCCUGGCUGAAGUUGGGGCUGACAUGGUGCGUCCACUCCUAGACGUCCCCAAGAACAACCAGUGCUUAGUAGAGCACAGCCCGAGCUGCAGUGGGAUGGUGGCUGCUUGACCACAAUAGUUGGUCAGGCUGGGACUGGCGGGGGAGUGGAUUUUGAGGGGUGGGGUUGGGAAGAAGCCUUUAUGCUUAGAUUUUGUAUGUCUU